AUGGUGCACGCCGUUCUUCCUCCCUCCCCGCCGUCCGCGAGGACCAUGUCCACCACGCCGUCGUUCAACAACCACCCUAAUGGAGACCAUCACAGCAUCCCUGUGUCCGCAACCUCUCAUCCGGACAACCCCAUCCCAGAAGAACCUCGUGACCGGUCGUUAGCUAUCCCGACGAGCUUCAAUGCCUUGCCCACCCCGUCCCAGCAAGAAACAGACAUGACAGAUGCGGCACCGUUGACCCCACCAUCGGAACCGCAAGAUGAAGUCCAAGAUGACAACGCAGAGUCAUUCAAUGGCGGUCGACGAGCAUCGACCGUCCUCCUUUCGCAGAACUCGGAUGAUAUGAGACGGGUAUUAGAGAACGUGGGCCAUGCAGGCACUCAGAAGUUACAACCACUCUGCUGCGGGGGUGGCUGCUGCCGCAGCCAGCCGUUGCAGAGAGAUCCUAUUCCUGGCCCUACCUUCACCACGAAUAACGUCAUCCCCCCAGAUAACGAGGCAUUCCGGAGCCUGCAGUUGAACAUCGACUAUUUGACGUUGGACAGUAUGCUCACCGACCUUGCUGAUCUUCCGGAGAAGACGGUGUCUUUUUCGAGUGUGCCAGCAUCUGCUGUCGACAUGAAGCUAGGACCAUCCGACCACCCGCCUCCUUUUGUGCAACCGCAUCCUCCGUACGAAGUGUUCCGUGCACCCUUGCACCAUGCCAGGGAGCUCACCAAGACCGGCGCGGAAAAGCGGACGUACCAUUUUGACAUCGAUGUCACCGAUUACCCUGCAGAAAGCGGCACUGUCGAUUUCGUCGUCGGUGGUGCUAUUGGAGUCUGCCCCAAGAACAAGGAUGAAGAAGUGGACGACAUUUUUAACUGCCUCGGAAUUCCAAAGUCCAUCCGGGACAAGAAGGUCACCCUGCACACGGCCAAGGGUCGCUGGCCUACUAUCUGGGGAGAUGACCAGCCGCGUGAGUUGGUCACCAGCCGGAGAGAGAUCUUGAACUGGUGCUCCGACAUUCAGAGCUAUCCUCCCACCAAAGCUCUGUUCCGAUUGUUGGGCGAGUAUGCCACCAACGAACAUGAGAAGAAGAUCCUCCUUUUCCUUGCCUCUUCGCAGGGCCAGGGUGCUUUCUGUGACCUCCGUACCACAUCGCAUGUUUCCGUCUCCCAGCUACUGCACGCGUUCCCGUCAUCUCAACCUCCUCUCGACCACCUCCUUUCCUCCCUGAACACGCUGAUGCCGCGUUUCUACUCGCUUUCUCAAGAUCCCCUAGCCUCCUACAGCAUAAAGGACGGGGUUUCCCGUCGCCUGGUCGAGGUCGCCGUGUCUGUGGCCGAAUCCAAGGAUUACAAGCGUGGCUACCGAACCGGUGUCGGCUCGGGUUAUCUGGAAGAGCUUGCUCGCAAGGUGGUCGAUGCCGAAAAACAGGGUAUCGACCCUGCAACACUUAACCUGCACAUUCCCAUGUUCCGUGGGUUGAUGGCCAACCCAUUGGCCACGCGAUUUGCCUCGGAUGGACCCAUGCUUCUGAUUGGAGCAGGCGUGGGAAUUGCACCUUUCCGUGGUUUCGUCCAGCGUCGCCUGCAAUCCGCCAACUGCGCCAACAAGGUCUGGGUGUUGCAAGGUGUCCGGGACUCUCUCCUCGACGAGCUGUACAGCGGCGAGUGGGGUGUGGAAGAAUCAAAGGUGCGAACGGUGGUGCAGAGCCGUCGCGGCGAGAGCAAGUACGUCCAGGAAGAGGUGCGACACCAGGCUGAUCUUGUCUGGUUCGUGAUCAACGCACUGGAUGGACGGGUGUUUGUCUGCGGUAGCGGAAAGGGUAUGGGUGAAGGAGUUGAGGCUGCCUUGAUUGAUGUCGCGAUGGCCAAGGGCAACUUGAACAGUGAAGAAGCCCAGCUGUUCUGGGAUAACAAGAAGGAAGCCGGACAGUACAUUGCUGAAACUUGGUGA